UAAGCUUUCAGUAUUUCGCCUUUUGGUGUAACGGUUAUGCGGGGGCGACGGUCUGACCAUGUUACACCGAUCUAUGUCGGAACAGUAACAGGGCACUCAUCACUCGUGUUUUACAGAUGCCUAGUCCAUCCUUGCCAAAAAAAACCAAGGCCGUAACCAAUCCCCGAACUAUCCUAAACCGAGCGUUCAAUGACCAGCUCAUUGAGCGGCUGAAGUUGUAGAUAUUUGUCAUGCCCUCGGUCAGAAAAGUGGUUCGAUGAGCAUGUCAUAUAUAAAAGAGUUGACCGAAACGUCGUCAAUUUGUUCUAGGUACCUGCUGGUUAGGUCAAGUGACUUUCAAGUGUCAGUCAUUUGAUUUAUAGGCGCCAUGGAUCUUGUUCUCCACCUCGCAGAUGACUAUCUCCUCGACAAAGUAUGGGCGCGGCUGCUACCUGUCAAUGAUCACCUAGUUCAACCGUCAUAUGCCUCCCUUUCCACCUCUGCAAACUUCACGUCAAUCGUGUAUCUUCAGCAGUCUGCCUGGGCUCGUGAUUACAUCCCUAGACAAAUUAUCUCUCUCAGUGUAAUCACCCUCUUGGGCAUUCACUUCCUCUAUUUCCUGUUCGCGUGGCUCUCAUACAAAUUCAUUUUCAAUCAUGAGAUGAUGCGCCAUCCACGCUUCCUAGAGAACCAGGUCAAACAAGAGAUACAAUGCAGUCUACGAGCCUUUCCCGUAAUGACCCUUCUCACUCUGCCUUGGUUCCAAGCAGAGGUAAUGGGUUACUCAAAACUUUACGAUAAUGUAAAAGAUUACGGUUGGGCUUACUUUGCCCUAUCAGUACCAUUGUUCUUGCUUUUCACCGACUACGGAGUUUACUGGACCCACCGGCUAUUGCAUCACCCGAGUAUAUAUAAAACAUUCCAUAAGCCUCACCACAAGUGGAUAAUUCCGACCCCCUUUGCGUCUCAUGCCUUCCACCCCGUAGACGGCUACCUCCAAUCUCUCCCAUACUACCUCUUCAUAUUUAUAUUCCCUCUUCACCGAUGGUUAUACCUCAGUCUCUACAUUUUGGUCAAUCUGUGGACUAUUCUCAUUCAUGACUCCGAUAUGGUCACGGGACAUGCCCUUGAAAAGGUGAUAAAUGGACCCGCCCAUCACACACUCCAUCAUCUUUACUUUACGGUUAACUACGGUCAGUACUUUACGUGGGCAGAUCGUGUCGGUGGUUCGUACCGCCACCCCGAGCCGUCCCUUUAUCCCAUGCUGGAAAUCAAGAAACAGUCAUAAAAACGAUGAUCGCGAUGAUCGCAGUGAACCUAUUUAUCAUGACUGUCGCGCACCCGUGCCCAGUGACUGCUACUCGCUAAUGUUAAUACGCUUCUACAUACUGCUUACUUGCUUUCCAUUGAAACCACUCAGACUAUCAAUGAAAGAGUAUCGGUGUCUUCGUUUAGGAGAGAAACAUAACUGCCACUCUAUUAAUGCAACAUCGAGACAUCGACAUAUGGAUGUAGAUAGCGUACUACUCAAAAGCAACUCAAAGACUGUCCCGACGCCUCAAUGUCACUUACUUCUUUGGCCGCC